AUGAAGCAGCAGGUGGAGGAACCGGUAUUCAGCACCGUUUGGGAAAGCCGUUUCCCCGGUCAAAUCCCCCUUCCUCAGCCGAAGGUAUUGGCCAAUUCGUUACCGAAAAGCAAUACAUUCACGCUUCAAAACCGCUGGACCUUUGAGGCUGUCGAAUGCAGGCACGCUGAUACUUGCAACUCUACGAUUCUGUGGGUGCCCGACCUCAAGCUUGCUGUUUGUGGUGAUGUUGUCUACGGACAAGUGCAUCAGAUGCUGUUUGAAGCCAACACAAAAACCAAGCGCGAGGAAUGGAUCCGAGCGAUUGAGAAAGUCGAAGCAUUAGGGCCAGCAUACGUUGUUCCCGGACACAAGCAAGCAGAGGAGAUUGAUGGCGUCUGGCAUCUUGCGGCUACCAAGAAGUACAUACAGAACUUUGGGGAUGUGGUGGCGAGUGAGCCAAAAGACCCGAGAGAAGUCUUUGCCAGGAUGAUCGAGUUAUACCCGGAUAGAUUCAACCCGGCUGCGUUGAAAUUGAGUGCGAUGGGUGUGUUUAAUGUUUCAGAAGAGCCGCGCGUUGGAACACACCAUAUCUAG